UUUUUUAGUCAAUAACCCCAAAAAGACUAACACAACCCAAGUCCUCUAAUAGGGACACCCCCAACAAUUAAAGCUCACUCAUUCUCAACAACUUCUACACUCAAUUUCCUUUAAUUUCACUUCUAUCCUCUGUCUCUCUCUCUCACUCUCUCUUCACCCCAAACAUGACGGCGAAAUUAUUCAACCUCUCUCUCUCCCUACUCUUCUUGACCUCAAUUUUCAGCUUCACCGGCUCUGACGAAGUCUGCCCUUACCCCUGCUACCCACCACCCACAGGCACCGGCACCGGCACUCCGACAACUGAAACGCCGCCUGCCCCGGUGGCUCUGACACCUCCUUCCCCUUCAGGGUCGUCCUCUUACCCUCCACCGGGAGAAUUCCCUCCUCCGAGUGGGAAUCUACCAUACUACCCCACACCUCCCUCCGGUGGUGGUAGUGGUUAUUAUGUGCCUCCACCUCCGGACCCAAUCUUGCCCUACUUUCCAUUCUAUUACAGGAAACCUCCACACAAGACUGAUGAUGAAUCUUCUGCUGCCUCUGUGGGAAGAUCAAUGGUCCUGAUUUUGAGUCUAAUGUUUUUGUCUACGUUUCUUCCAUUGAUGUAAGUCGGUGCAAGAAAAUGUUAGCUGUCAGUAUAUAAUUUUCAUAUGAGAAUUUAAGUGUUCUAGGAUUUACUCUUGAA